AUGGAGCGUUUUGAGAUGGUAUUCUGCUACGAAGAAUAUGAUACAGUAAUUCUAGGCAAACAUAUGUUGAUUGUGCCCCAGCACUCAGCAGCAUUACCAGGCGCAGCGGACGUACAAGUCAUCUCUAUCCCCAGUAAUCACAGUAACAUGGCCAAGUUCCUGUCAGAGAACGACUCGGGGUUCAAAUCAGUGUACAGAAGUCUUCAGUCAAUGCGGGCAAAGGCGAAUGCAAAAGUGCAAGACAAUUGGUGGCGGUGGGAGUAUUCCAACAGUCAGUAG